CUCACAGGUACUUUACCUGAACUCUUUGCCAGUCAUCACCGCCAUUGAAGGCUUGCAGCCCUCCAAUAUGGCUUCUCAAAUUGCCUGUGAGCGUUUUUUCCGCCAGCUGCAGAGGAAACUAUCAUCAGACUGGCAGGAACUAGCCACUUAUUGUGACUUCACAUCCGAUGAAAUUGAUGCCAUCAGGCAUUCAAACAGCAACCCAGAAGCGCAAGUAUUUAAAAUGCUGUGUGACCUGCGGAAGCGGGAACCCACUGAUUGGGCCAGAACCUUGAUGGAGGGUCUGGUGCAAGUUGGCAGAGAAGAUGUGAAGCAAGAUGUACAGCAAUUUUUGGAUGAAGGGCAUGCUCUCUCAAGAGCGGAGGGUGGACAUGUGCAGCAGUUUAGGAGACCAGUCGCUCGUGGAAGACCACAAGAGACUGAUGCAGUUUGUGUUCAGAUUCAGCGCAUCAGCCCUAGUUUCGUGGGGAGCCUGUUGAAGCGGGGCAUCGCCUGGCAUGUCACAGCAUGGCCCGUGAGAAUGUACAACAAGGAAAUACAAGCUGGACACGGCAAUUUUUUUUUCCACUGUUUAAUGGAAGACGGAAGUGAUGUACAAAUCUACACAUCUUUCUUUCUGUGCUCCACGGAGAGAUGCAACGAUGCAUUCAGUGCUGUAAGGGGAAGUAACAUAACCAAUCCAGUUCAGUUAAGUUGCCUAAGAAUUAAAAGAGAGAAAAGGAAGUAUACAGGCAAGGGAAAAAGCAACUUUAGAUUGAUUUUUAAUGAUGAUUCUCAUAUUAAUUAACCCUCCUUUUCACUUGCUUACAACUGAACUCAUCAUUUGAGUUAUUUCAUUUGUUAUUCAUAUCAAGCGUAACUAAAAACAAUGAUUGUAUAAUUAUCAGAAGAGAUUUUUUGACAUUGUCCUCUUGAACUUCGGACCAGUUCCUUGACAUUCUAAUAAACAGCGUGGGAACUCACACACACUAGCCAAUGAAAAGACCAUGGCACUACCCUGCUUGUACAUGUACAUGUUUAAGACCUGUCACAUUCACGUUUUGCCAUUCAUACCAUGAGUGGUACCCACUUGCCACAGUUUGAAGCACUUCUAAAUUUGGACCAGACUUGAGGUUGGCAGUUUGAAGAACCUGAACAUUUGAUAUGGUGAUCUAAAUGAAUUAUAAUUUGCUUGGAUCAUCCAGCUGAUGAUCCAAGAAAACUUUUAUCCUGUAUCCCGAGUCCAUGCAGCAGCAGCCAGGAAAUUAUUCAUCUCGCUUAGUGUUAACGUGGCUUACUUUUUGUUUCAGGUGUGUUGUGAAUUAUCUUGCCCCCUUUAUUGUCUAUUACCAGUCCCCUCUUCACCAUUUUUAUCAUAAUUAGUUUUAAAAAUUGAUACAGCAGACCGGUUGGAUGAGAUUUUCUUUUUCAACUUUUUAUCUUUGAUAAUAUCAAUGUAUUCAUUGGAAAAUUAACAAUUUUGUUGUUAAAUGCAGAAGAUAUGCCAUCUGGUAACUAUUUGGACAGUACUCGUAAUUUUGUAUGUGAAGUACCAAAUUCCCCAUAAGGUGCUUGAAAAACAUUUUCCAAUUAUAAAAUCAGUUUGUACCUUAUUUUUGUAAUUCUAAGCUGUGUAUUGCUUUGGGGUGAACUUAAAAGGUAUCAUAAUAACUUGUCCAUAGACGAGUGGUUAUGUUAUCUUGACUGACCAAGAGCUACUCGCAUGGCAUUCGCUGUCUUUGCUAUGUCACAUUCAAUGGUAAAAAUGAAAUACCCAAAGCAACCACAGAAUAUGCACGACCACCUUAAGCGUGGAAAUGCAUACUGGUGUGUGUGCUACGUACACUCUGAAGUGCUAGUGCAGUCCUACAAAGCCAGGUUUAAAGAUUUCAUGAAGAGAUAGUUGUGUUGGAUGUAUUGAGAUCAAGGUAUUCAGUUAUUGCAUAAAUCAAAUUUAAUCUGUGGGAGAGGUGUAAAUUGAUGUACACAUCCAUAGACCACAUAGUCUGGUGGUGAAGAAAAACUAGCCUCCUUUGGUGAUUCAUGGAGUAUGUUCAUACUCCAUGAAUCAUCGAAGGAGGCUAGUUUGCUAUUGGAUCAAAGAAGGCUAGUUGAGGCAACUACAUUUGUACUCCAUGAAUCACCUCAGGAGGCCCGUUCUACUCCUACAGUGCUUUACCCUAAAAGAGUCUCAUCAGUUUGGAUCAUCUCACAGCCAGGGAUUCCCACUUCCUCCCAAUGCAGAAGUAUGUUGCUAAAAGGAACAAUCUUGUGUUGAAUAUUUACAACUCUGACCAAGAGUGUCACAAGUCAAACUCAUGGGAGUAUUGCUGUGUGACCGUUUCAUGUUGGUUUGUUUAGUUACUGUUACAUGAUUUUACACUUGCGUUAUAGUCCUUGCCAUUUACAUGCAUAUUAUGUAUAAUCUGGAAAGCCUUGCAUUUGAGGACCAAAAUUUGAGUAGACCAAACAAGUUUAUUUAGACAUCACAUUUUAUUUUCAGAAUCUGAUGAAGACAUCAGAACUUAUGUGUAGUUUGAAUAAGCAGGAAGCGAUUAUAGAAAUCAUUGUACAUCGCACAAACACUGUUGUUUCUUGAGCUCAAAUAUAUAUUUUCCUCCUCUGUGCUUUUGAGAAUAAAUACCAGAAAUCUUUUAUGAA